AUGAUGAAAAUGCCGCCUGGCAGCUGCAGAAUGGGUUCAAACACGUUCCACCAGGGUGCCUUGAAAUUUGCUGGAGGCAAGACGCUCAACAUCCUUCAGUAUUGCUAUCUGAUGCUUUUCUGGGGAACAAACCGGCUCAAGCGAAAUAAGGAGAGUCUGGAAAGCUACCCAGAUCCUAUCCGAGAGUCCGUCGGCCUUCCUCUUGGUCCUGAAAACGCCUUCUUUGUGAGCUCGAAAGAGUUUCUUGAUCUACCAAAAGAAAUGCAGGAUCGGUUUCUUCAGACACAGAAGUUUGAAGAGGUAUGGGACAGCGACGUGGGACUUGAGCUCAACAGUGACGGGCGUAAGGAGAGAGCGGAGCUCUUCCAGAACAUGACUGCAAACGACUGGGUGCCUAUGAAAGAUGGAUCAGGGCUGGAGUGGAAAAGGGUCGAGAGGUCAUACUACGGGGAGGAACACGAUGACACCGGCAGACUAGUCGCACUCGAGGACGGCUCCAUUGUGAAACAGGAGGCUUGCUCUGGUGAGAUCCACAACAUGCUCGGCGCAGCUGCGAGCAACGACGUGGAGCUGGCCAAGACUUUACCGCGCGAGCAACUCACGUUGAAGGACGCGUUUGGCAGGACGCCCCUCAUGCUGGCCGCUUUUUUCAAAGCCUAUGAGAUGCUCGACUGGCUGAGCGGUCAGUUGCGAGGAGACGAGUGGCAACUGGACGCGCAGUACACUCAACUGGCAAGUGUUCGGCGCAUUCCCUAUCCUACCCAUUGGCACGCGCAGCCCGAUUACGACUCCGCCACCCUCUUCCACUUUCUGGCCGACCUCGACCCGUCAAAUCCGACAGUCCCCCGCCUUCUAAAACGACUAACAAACGCCGGUGUUGAGCCAAGCAUGCUGGAGGGGUUUGCGUAUUUUUCUCUCAGGGAAGAUUCCUGGCACAACCCUUUGACCUGCGCCGUCUUCUCGGAGAACCUCCCCGUCACCGAGUUCUUGCUGGCUCACGGGGCGGAUCCGAAUUGCGUCCACUAUGACCGCAUCCGUAUCAUUGGCUUGCCAUAUUACGGUCCGCAAAUGUCCUGCGCCUCGUGGCCACUCGUCCACGCGGCGACGCGCGCGGAGACGCGCUUUGUGAAGCUGCUGCUCGCGCACGGCGCGAGCGCGCACGUGGAGAGAAAGCCCGCUUUCUACUGCGAGGACGAGACGCAUACCGAGGCCUUCAGUUGCGGCGCGUGGGGGCGAGCCCCGGGCGUCAUGACGCCGUUGCACUUUGCGGCUUACAACGGCAGUUUCGAGAGCGUGCGCGCGCUCGUCCUGCACGGAGCCGACUUUACGAAACGGUGCAUCUUCUCUGGAAAGGACGCGGUUCAGUUUCUGAGGACGCCGAGAGAAACGGUCGAAGAGGGGUUGAGGGCAGAGCACGGUACGUUCAAUAGAGAUCAGCCGUUCGACGAGAGCCUCGUAGCUGGGUCGUUGAUCGAGUACGACAGAGCAGUCCGUGAAGCCGUGCGCGUGCGAAGGCUCUACCUUGUAAGUCCACGUUUGCGGCCCCUCCCGUCCGGCUGCCGCCCUACCACCACGCUCGUUCGGCGGGCAUUCGCAAGGCAGGGCGCCACCGCUCGUGCGGUGGCAGAGAAACAAGAGAUGUUCCGCCACGUUGUGCUGCUCACAGUGAACGGAGAUGCUGAUGUGGAACGGAUAGUCAGAGAGCUGAACGGUCUCCCUCAGGCCGCACCGCUGUGCAGUACGAGAUCCCUGCAGAGAAGGUGCAGGGGGGGCCGGAAGGCACAAAGUGAGGGGCAUCGCCAAGCAAUGUGCGAGAAUUUGAGCAGGGGGAUAUCCGUGAACAUGCGUUUAAACCUUCCGCUGUAG